AAACACUUGCUUGUAUCCCAAAACAGGUUUCUUGCUGAGCUGAGUCCAUGGCAAAAUGCUGGCUGCUGCACCUUCUCCUGGCGCUCCUCUUACCGGCGGCAAGCACGGCGGCAUCAUGCCACCCUGAUGACCUCCAUGCGCUGCGGGGCUUUGCAGGCAACCUCAGUGGCGGAGCCGUCCUUCUUCGUGCCACGUGGUUCGGCGCCUCCUGCUGCGGCUGGGAAGGUGUGGGCUGCGAUGGCGCAAGUGGCCGCGUCACGACCUUGUGGCUCCCCGGACGGGGCCUCGCGGGACCCAUCCAAGGAGCAGCAUCCUUGGCCGGCCUCGCACAGCUGGAGUCGCUCAACCUUGCCAACAACAGACUGGUCGGCACCAUCCCAUCAUGGAUUGGUGAGCUUGACCGUCUUUGCUAUUUGGAUCUAUCACAUAAUGCAUCGGUUGAUGAGGUACACAAGAUUAAUCCUAGUCAACGUUCACUGGGUGUGGCGGUUUCCACUAACCGAAGAACACUAGGCGGAGAACCAAAUACAAUAACUGGGACCAACAACCAUGUCAGAUCUGGGAAAGAUAACGCUCUUUCUGGGAGCGAUAACACUGUCAUAUCUGGGAACAACAACGUUGUGACUGGGAACCACAACAAAGUCUUAAGUGGGAGUCACAAUGCCGUAAGUGGUCACAUGCAUGUCGUAUCUGGGACCUACCAUGUUGUAACUGGCAACAACAAUGCUGUAACCAGGAGCCACAAUACCGCAUCCGGGAACCACAAUAUCGUAUCCGGGCACCACAAUACCGUAUCCGGAGACCAUAAUACCGUAUCCGGGAGUCACAAUACCGUAUCCGGGAGCAACCACAUCGUAACCGGAAACAACAAAGUCGUGACCUGAGGUUAAUGAUCGUUAGUCCCUAACGAAGUUCAUGUCCGUGUCCAAGCUAUAGGUUACAAGUGUACCACCUCACAAUCACUGGUGGGGUGAAUCGCGUUAUGUAACUUCAUGUAUCAUCUUCUCACUUUGAAUAAAGCUCUCCUGAAUAUCUUACAUACAUAUAUGUUGACAUGAA